AAACUUGUUGUGUAAAUGGUCGUGGUUCAGCGAAUAUUGCACUUGUGUCUCAAAUCCAUGCUUAACUGAGUUCUGCCUUGGAGAUAAUGCUACGCACUGCGCUUGUUCGCCGGUUUUCUGCAAAGGCACAUACCAGAGUUGCAAGGCUGAUCAUUCACUCCCAAUGAAUAAACGGAGAUGUUUCUGUGCUAAUGAAGAUGCAUAUAAAGGCUGGAGGUCACGUCCUUUUCCAGAUGAUACUUCUUACUUGGACGAUAUCAAUGAUACUGAUGUGCGUAAUGUAAUAGAAUUGAUUAGAGGAGCGAAAACUGAUGACCUUGCUGAUAUUGAAGAAGGUUUGCUCCCUACUCCAGAUGAUUUAUUUGAUUACGGUGUUAAUUUUGACAGCUUAAUUAUCGCCUGCAGUUUUGAGCAACAGCCGUGUUACAGAGAAAAUUUUACUGUCCUCUACCAUCCUAAAUACGGAAGAUGUUACAUGUUCAAUUUCUUAGGAAACGGUCAGGACUCAGGAGUGCCCAUAGAGAUUUUUAGCUACGGAAGCACAAGUGGUUUGCAUUUGACUUUACAUAUAACAAGUCAACAAAAAGUGGACCUCUUAAGCGAAGAGAUUGGAGCACGAGUGGUUAUUCACGAUCCGUAUGAUCUUCCGUUUGUGGCUGAGCAUGGUUUCAAUGUGAGACCUCACGAUAUGUCAGCAGUGGAAGUUACUUUGUCCAGGAUUGAAAGACUAGGACCACCUUGGGGAUCAUGCGUGCAGGAUGGCAGCUAUCUAGACUUUAAACAGAAUGUCAAGCCAUACUCUAUACUAGGCUGUCAAAAGGCGUGCCGUCAUUUUUACAUGACGAAAUAUUGUGGAUGCACGUUAAGGCACUUCUUAAGAGGAGCUGUGCUUCUAAAAAGUACGACGAGUUUCGCUUUUUGCAGUGUCACAAAUCAUACACAGAAUUUGUGCAUGAAGGAUGUCAUCAAACGUAUUCAAGGAAAAAGCAUUUUUUGCAAUUGUAAACCUUCAUGCAGCGAACUGAAAUACAGUACUAAAGUGUCUUCAAGUAAACUGAAUGAAAAUUUCUAUCGAACAGUUAAAUCUAUACGGACGCUUUCCAAUUGUAAUGAAGGAGAAAUCAAGAUGAUUAAUGCUUCAGAUCGAAAUUCGUUAGUUGGUCUGAAAGUAUAUUACAGUACUUUUCAAGUUGGCAAAGACAGCGAAAUUGCUUCUUAUAGCUGGGAAACUCUUGUGGCUAACGUAGGAGGAAAUUUAGGAUUUUUUAUGGGUCUGACUCUGAUAACUUUUAUCGAAGUACUGGAAUUCCUUUGGGACAUGUUAUGUAUGAUAUUCAAGAAACUAACUAAGCUAAAUUAUUAUGAGAACAAAGUGCUGACUUUUCCUAGUCCUUCAUGAAAAUGCCCGCAUCAGAAUUCAUCACAACGGCUUUGAUUUACUAAACAAAUACACUGGCAUGAUUGUAAAAUCAAAGAAACUAUUUUUGAUUGCUUAAAUUAAGCAAUAAUACAAUUUUUCU